AAGGCUGCAAGGAGGAGGCACUAUGGUUAUUCUGCUGAGAGGGGGUGCAUUUUAAAAAAUUCGCAUUUGAAUGACAUUAACUUCUACCAAAGUAAUAUUUUACCAUUUUUAUCUUUACUUUUACUCAAUUGUGCCUUUUACUGUACUGUUCUGUUUACAGCACCAUAAACAAACUCACUGCCUUUUAUUAACAUGUUAGUCUGAUAAAUGUGCACAGGAGCUGUAGUCCUAACUGGGCUGUAGUAUGACUGUGAAGAAGUGUUUUUAGGCCAUGACUUCUCCUCCGGGACAAUAUUUCAUUAAGCCUGAAAACUGGCAGACCUGUGCGAUCCAGUUUGCGGUGCUGCACUCACGCAGCCUGAUUGGCUGCGGGCAGGUUGACACAGUUUCCCCGCCUCGCCGCCUCCCCGCGCAGCUGGAGCGGGUGUUGCUCGGAGCCUGUAGGAGCCAGCAGGUGGAACUCUACUGUCUACCGGCUGUGUCCGGCUGUUGAAUGCGAGCCGCCGGCUGGAUGAGGAGCAGAGAGCCCUGACACCACCAUCACCAUCACCACCACCUCCACCAGCAGCAGGACGUGCAGGCUGCUGCUUCUCCGGCCGGAGAUGGACACACGCGGGACCGCGGUCACAUCUGUCACCGAGGUCAGCGGCUCUGCCUCCUGCGGGUUGUGACUCUUCGGUGGUCCGCAGAGGUGAUCGGUAAACUCCGGUGGCCGUGCCGGGGCAGGACGGGACGGGACGGACGGUGUGCGGGCUGCAGCAGGGCUGUGUGCGGUGCCUUGCGGUGAAGAAGAAAAAAAAAAAAAAAAAGCUCCCCCACGGAGAAUAAAGCAUCUGGUCGCUGAGCCUGGAAGAAAGAGGAGAGCAGGACAGCAACAGCAGCUCCAGCGCGGAAUUACUGUCUGACUCACCGAGGGGUUUACACCGACAUGGGAAAAGAAGCCUCAGUCACCUUGUAAGAUGUAUCCUCACCACAGAGAAAGGGAGCAGCCGAUCUUCAGUGCCCGGGCCCAUGUUUUCCAGAUCGACCCAAACACCAAGAGGAACUGGAUACCCGCCAGCAAACAUGCCGUCACUGUGUCCUUCUUCUACGAUGCCAAUCGCAACGUCUACCGCAUCAUCAGCGUGGGCGGGACCAAGGCAAUCAUCAACUGCACGGUCACACCCAGCAUGACAUUUACCAAGACGUCCCAGAAGUUUGGGCAGUGGGCGGACAGCCGGGCCAACACCGUGUACGGUCUCGGUUUUGCAACAGAGCAACAGCUACAUCAGUUCUCAGAUAAGUUUAAGGAGGUGAAAGAUGCUGCUCGUCUGGCACGAGAGAAGUCGCAGGAUAAAGAGCUGGCCAACACUGCGCUCACCAUCGCUGCUCCUCAGGACCUCUCGGAUGAACUCCAGUCGCCUCCGGUGAUGUGUGUGAACGGGCCGGAGGACAAGCUGUUCCGCAGCCAGAGCGCCGACAUCACCCUGUCUUCUGAGAAGGAACGCAUUAAGAAGAUGCUCUCUGAAGGGUCUAUUUGUGAGAUGAACCUGGAAGCCGAGCUCUUCACCCUGCAGGACAGCAACUCCAAGCUGGUGGCAGCUUUGCAUGAGGCCAAUGCUAAUGUGGAGCAGUGGAAGAAACAGCUGGCAGCGUACCAGGAGGAGACGGAGAGGCUGAGGGACCAGGUGGCGGAACUAGAGGCCCACGGAGGCCACGGACCCAGUGACCUGCUGAAGGACGAGCUGACCCAGUCCCUGGAGGAGCUGGAGGCCCUGCUGAAGGCCAAAGAUGAGGAAAUCCACAUUUUGCAGAGCAAGAAAUCAGAGUACCACGAGAUGGAACACGAGAGGGACGAGGCCAUCCACAGACUACGGGAGACGGAGAUGCGCAAUUCCGAGUUGGAGCGUCGCAUCCAGAACUCAGAGCAGAACCUGAAUAACACUCUGGAGGAUCGGGACCGCAUGGACUCUGAGAUCCAGAGGGCCAUCGAAAUUCUGGACAUCAAAAUCUUUGACCUUAAUGACCUCCGCCAGAGCCUGGUCAAACUCAUCGACAAAUAAGAGGGAAGAAACGGGAGGGGGGGAGAUCCGACCAGAGAGAGAGAGAGAGAGAGACGGCACAGAUGACAGGGUUGUAUUUUGUCGAGACGAAACAAAAAUGGAGCCGGUCCCUCGUCAAGCACAAGAACCACCUCGGCUGCAGGAAGGUUUCUCCAUGUCUGUGUUUGCAGCAGCAGCUGUCCUCAACAACAUGCUGUAGGUGUUGGCCUAAGCAGCAGCAGCAGCAGCAGCAUUUACAUGGUCUCGCUUGUCCAGUCUAAUGUAACGCUUCACGAUGCUUUCAAGGGUAUCAUUCAAUGCAAUAAACCAAUUUUAAGGUAAGUGCUUCACAGUGCUAGACAUUUAAUAUUGAGAAGUGGUGCUUGUAGUUUUUCAUAAGUAGGACUUUUGUACACGAAGUGGCGAUGCAUUGUCAGGAACUAUAAGAGGCCUUGUUUUCGUUUGUUUUUUGUGUUUUUCAACUGAAGGGUGAUUUUAAAUCAUCCUUAGAACAAAAUGAGUGUAUGCAAACAGAGAAGGGGACAGAACAGUCAGUGGAGAGUGAAAAAAAACAAAAGAAUCUGCCUGCAUACAACAUCAUUAUUGCUGAAUUAACGGUUUGAUUUAUGCGGCGAUAAACUUGUGUAGUUCCACAUGCAUAUUAAUACAGCAGCUUUACUGUGUCGCCUGAAGGACGGAGUGGUUUCUAGUUGGUGCUGUUCCGCAGGAAUAAGCAAUUCCGUGUACUCAAAGUCUGUAAAAUAGUGCGACUAUAGUGCUUCAUAUUUGGAUAAGGUUUGGACACACACUUAACCGUCAACAUUAGAUCUGAAUAUUGACACCAAAGAUCAAAUGUUAAGAGCAGAGUCAUUGAUAAGCAGCAGCUCGCCUUCUUCACGUAAGCUCGUAAGGAACCUUUAAAACUAAGAUAAAAAAGUACAUUUUAGCAGAUAAGAUGCGUGCAGUAAUUACAUUUAAGAUAAUUAAGAUAUAAAUCAGUAAUGCUACAGUUAUUAAGUAAACAGGAGGACCUAAAGUCAUCACAUAGUAAUACAGAUAAGUUAAACUGGCCCAGUCUGAGUAUGUCAUCCCGUGCUUCAUCUCUUAGACGCAUUCAAGGAAAUCUACGCGACAGUUUCUGCCUUCUGUCAUUUUUCAGCACGUUACGUUUAGCUGUGGACAAUAUGCCAUACGCCUUCUUUUACCACAGACUGGAUUGUUUCACAUAAUCUAUAAUGGCAUGUUUGUAUUAUUUUUUCAAGCCUUAUUGCUCUGUUGUAAGGGUGGUCUUCGGGAGUCAUGCCAGCUCUGCGUCUAAAAGCUUGAGCUGUUGUCGUGACAGUUUGGAAAUAAAAGCAAAGAAUACAGUCGGUCAUUGUUCUGGA